GGACAGGGUCAAUGAGCUCGUCAGGAGGGCACAACAAGUCAGGGUCCACGCCCUGAUCGUGUCCCGGCUGCGUCAGGAGGUCCCCUCAGUCCUGGGCACCAGCGGCCGUCGGAAGCGGCUCCUGCGGCGGCUCCCGGAGCUCCUGGCCCAGAUCCAGCGGGAGCAGCAGAUCCCACCCGGGGACCUCCCGGACUGCAACCGCCUGCAGGAGCAGCUCCAGUCCCGGGACCUUUCCCGUCUCCCCCCCCUGAAGCGGCCGCUGCUGUCGGGGCUGGAGGAGCUCCUGUCCCGCGACCUCCCGGCCCUGACGGACCUGCUGGGCCCCGACCAACCCCCCGGGGGCCCGGCCGUGCGCGGGGGGGUCCUGGACGGCGCCGGGCCCUUCGCCGCCGACAGCGACGAGGACGACGAGGAGGACGACGAGGGCGACGCCGACGAGGACGACGACGAGUGGGUGGUGAUGAAGGACAAGGCCAAGUACGACGAGAUCUUCUACGGGCUGGCGCCCAGCGGGGGCAAGCUGAGCGGGCGGCGCGCCCGGGGCUGGAUGGUGAGCAGCAACCUGCCCAGCUCCGUGCUGGGCCGCAUCUGGCAGCUCAGCGACGUCGACCGCGACGGGAUGUUGGACGCCGAGGAGUUCGCCCUGGCCGGGCACCUCAUCGGGGCCAAGCUGGAGGGCAGGGGGCUGCCCGCCGACCUCCCGCCCAGGCUGGUGCCGCCCUCCAAGAGGAGGCCCAAGGGGUGCAAGGAAUGAGCAGGAAAUCAACCCAGAAUCGCCCCAAAAAUCACCCUUGGGCCUCCCCUAAUCCCCUCCAAGAGGAGGCCCAAGGGGUGCAAGGAGUGAGCAGGAAACACCUCAGAAAUCACCCCAAAAAUCACCCUUGGGCCUCCCCUAAUCCCCUCCAAGAGGAGGCGCAAGGGGUGCAAGGAAUGAGCAGGAAAUC